GUGACAGGGGUGUAAAAGGCCAUUGCGGCCACUGCGGGGAGCCCCUAGAACCCCUAAAAGGAACUAGAAAGAGCAGCCCAUGGCCAAUAAACUUGACUCAUCACGAUCCUGUCUCAAACAAAAACAUUUACACGAUCCCAACUCACUUCUUAAUUGAUAUCACAACGCGACGGGACGCGUUUACGGGCCAAUAUGGUAUGUAUUUCAUAUUUCGUGUCUGCCAAUGACUACAUACCACCCAAUGACUUACCUAUUUCCAUCUAUAAUACCAACUUGAAAAUACAUAUUGGUGUCGAACCUCUACUCCGUCUAUCCCUGUUCAAAUUGUAUAUGCACUAGGUUGGGUUCACGACGAAUCAUUUCAUCAGAAUACCACCAAAGAGAAAUCGAGUUUGCUAAAGAAAAUGAUGCAGUCACAAUUAGAUCCCCUACCAAGCGAUUUACCCUUCCGAAUAAUAUCUAAGACUAUAGGAAGAGGAGCUUAUGCAUCAAUCAAGAAGGCCAUACCCCUAGAUUCAGGGUCACCAAUAUUUGCUGUCAAGUUAAUCCAUAAGGGCUACGCAGUUAAACAUGGCCGUAUCUCAGCAAAACAGAUUGCUAUGGAAGUAUCCUUGCACUCUCACAUUGGUCAACACCCAAACAUUAUCGAGUGGUUUGCAACAGGCGAAGACCACGUCUGGAGAUGGAUAGCCAUGGAGUUCGCCGAAGGAGGCGACCUGUUCGACAAGAUUGAAGCUGAUGUUGGUGUGACCGAGGAUAUUGCCCAGCUCUACUUCUAUCAGCUCAUCAGUGGGGUCAGCUUCAUGCAUUCCAAGGGUGUGGCGCAUCGAGAUCUUAAACCGGAAAACAUAUUAAUGUCGGAUAGCGGCAAUUUGAAAUUGGCAGAUUUCGGAAUGGCGACAAUGUUUGAAUACAAGGGCCAAAGGAAGCAGAGCUCGACAAUGUGCGGUAGCCCUCCAUACGUUGCCCCUGAGGUAUUAGCUUGCGGUAGAGUCGACAAGCGAUCUAAUGAAAUCGUCAAGUACUCGCCCGAGCUAGUCGACGUGUGGUCGUGUGGUGUUAUCCUAUUCGUCUUGCUCGUUGGUAACACCCCAUGGGACCAACCAACGGGAGACAGCUGGGAGUAUCAAGAGUAUAAACGGACAAAAGGACGAAGUUCAGAUCCGUUAUGGGAAAGGAUCCCAGCGGAGGCUCUAUCCUUACUCAGGGGUAUGAUGAGCGUCGAACCUAAGAAACGAUUUUCUUUCGCACAAAUACGUCAACAUCCCUGGUAUACUCGUCAUAACAAAUUCAUGGCUGCAGAUGGUCAAAUCAUAGACCCUCUCAAUCUAGCAACCAAGAUGCUGGAGAACCUUCACAUCAACUUUAGCCAGCAGCCCCCUCCCUCUCAAAGACAGUCCGCAGAUGCCAUGGAUAUAGACAGUGGCCCUUCAAGGAUAUCGUCUACUCAACCCGAGACACCAAUUAACGAUGUACUAUUUGAUUGGGAACGACCCACCCUAACUUCUCUCCGCACCCUAGCCGUAUCUUCUACACAACCUAUCUCUCGCGCCGACGCAAGCCUACCGCCCGCCACACAAUCCAGCAACUUCUACGAAGCCCUCGCCGAAGAGCCAUCCAUGAGCCAAUUUUCCCAUACCCCGGGCGUACCCUUAACCCUCACCCAACGCGCGCAGCGCUUCAAAGACAUCGUGCCCGCGCACUCCUUCACGCGCUUCUUUUCGCAUAUGCCCCCACAACUACUUGUCCAAAUGCUCCGUGACGCCCUACACAACUUGAAUGUGCCACUGCCGUCUGCACCGCCCUACAUCGGCCAAGGCGACCACGUGUCUACGCUCAAAGUCAAGACUACGGACGAGCGCAAGCAGGGCUUACAUGGUGAGAUCCUGAUCGAUAGGUACCAUCUCCCAGAGCAACAAGAGUUGCUAGAGGUGCGCUUUGUGAAGCUCAAGGGUGAUCCGUUGGAGUGGAGAAGGUUCUUCAAGAAGGUUGUGCUGUUGUGCAAGGAUGGUGUUUUCAAGCCGGAUGAUUAGAAAGGCUGGCUCAAAAGACACUUGCAUGAUGACCCCCUACGUGAAGUAAUCGUUGGCGCAGGCAGGGAGAGGCGGGUUAUAUCGUCGUCUGAAAUGAAGGGUGAGGAAGAGGAGGGUUAGCGUUGUGCUACUAAGGAGGUGAUUUGUUGCGCAUGGGUUAUGGGAUAGGGAAAAUUGCAUUAUAUAUGGGCUAUCGCGUUACGGAAUUUGCUUCAUUGACUACUUAUAGAUUUACCACCUAGCUAAGUACCUAGCUUGGGGUGUAUUGUUUUACUUGCUGCCGUUGAGCGUGGCGUAAUACGAUGUUUUUCUGCGUUCUCUUCUGAUAUGAUCUCAAUGGUUAAGUGGCAUGACUAUUGUGAGGGAAAUAUUCGUCGACACGUGGGGUACACAAUAGAUGAAGUGAUAGCUUUGGUAAAUGCAAUUCAAAUUCCGAUUUUUGUCGCCGCAAUACGUUCGACGAUGGCUUCAUCCGCUCACUGCGGUAUUGAUUACGUAAUCGAUAUAGGAGAAAAGGGGUUACCUACUACUCGACACAUAUUCAACAACUUCUCCGUACUUCAUUUCUGUCGUUCGAUUGCGUUGGAUCGUAUGUUUUACCCUCGUUGUAUGGCCUUACUAUGAUGUCUUGAUGAUCUUAACGGCGAUAUUUUAUCAAGUAGACCGCCAACCGCCCACCAAUCUACGAGCACG